AUGCAGAAGUCAGUCGUCUACUUCAGCAAAGGUGUCGAAAGAUACAAAAAAUUAGAAGUAGCAGGUAUUCUUGGGGUGAAGCAGAUGGAGAGUACCUACAAAUACCUGGGACAUCAGCUUCUUAAAUCAUCCCAUCUCAUAGCUUCGCAUAAAUUCCUCGAAGAUAAAUUUUCCUCAAAAACUGCUGGGUGGAAGAGGAUUUUUUUAACACAUGCUGGCAGGACAAUGCUCAUCAAGACUGAAUCAGGACCGAUCCCACCUUUUUAUAUGGCUACUUAUCUUCUACCUAUGAAGACGUUAAAUCAACUAACUAGAAUUAUUCAGAAUUUCUGGUGGGGCCACGACAAGGAGGUCAAGAAGAUGUAUUUUAUUAAUUGGGACCAGUUUGAACUUGAAAAGGAGAAGGGUGAUUUGGGAAUAAGGUCGCUGCAGGAAUUGAAUAAGGCCACGAUAGCUAAGUUUGUGUGGAAGUUUUUGGAGGAUGAAGACUGCCUAAGGGGCAAAAAAAUGAAGGCUAAGUAUGUUAAAGGAGGAAACUUUUGGGAGGGAACAUUGAUAUAUGGGAUGACCCUUGGAUACCAUGAAUCCCAAACAACAAAACCUGACAGAAGAGCAGCAGGAGAUCACAGAAUCACUAAAGUGGAGGACCUUAUUAUUCAAGAAGAACACAGAUGGGAUGAAAAUAAGUUGCAGCAGCUGUUCAACCCUUCUGAAGCGGCGAAGAUAAUAUUAUGCGACAUGGAUAUUGAAAUAAAUGAACAUUUAUUUAUUUACUGCCAAGCUACCCAAGCAAUUAUAUUUGCUUCUCUACUUGGUCUAAGAACUGGUGAACAACCUGAUUUGUUUAUUCAAUAUUGUGUAAUGCAAUGGCUUGCUGAAGGUGGAGACUAUGCGAGACUGAGAAUGGGAGCUUGUAUGUGGCGGGCCAUUUGGAAAGCUAGAAAUGAUGUGGUAUUCAACAGAGAUAAACUGAAGAUAAAAUUAGUCCUUAAAGAAGCCAUGUACUUGUAUAAUAUGGAGAGUUGUGCUGGAGAUUUGGAGACUAUGCCUGAUGAGACUGAUGUUGGAGGGUCAAAAUGA